UGAACUAGACAGCCGAAAAACGAAAUACCCAACAACAACCGCCGUCAGCCAACAACAACUUUCCCACGAUCCUACUCCACGUCCAGUAGGCCUCGCGACCGCCUCAAUUGGCCAUAAUCUCCACUCCUCCGAUCGAUUAACCCGACAAUUGUUUUUCUCAUCUGUUUUUUCUUCCCGUCGAGGCCAUAAAUUCACGAUGAUGCGCACACCCACUACCUCGCUCCUGCGCGGCGCUCUCCGGGCCAGCAGAACCUCUACCGCCAUAGUCCCCCGCGCCUUUGCCUCUACGCAUGCCAUCUCGAACCCUACUCUAGCCAACAUUGAGAAGCGAUGGGAAGGUCUACCGCAAACCGAGCAGGCCGAGCUAUGGAUGGCCCUGCGAGACCGGAUGAAGGAGAACUGGGCCGAGCUCACUGUUCAAGAGAAGAAGGCCGCCUACUGGAUCGCCUUCGGCCCUCACGGCCCCCGUGCCACGGCCCCUCCCGAUGAGGGACGCAAGGUCGCUCUAUACACCGCGAUCGGCAUCUUCGCCAGCUUUGUCGUCUUCGCCUCGAUGCGAACAUUCGCCGGCCCCCCUCCCAGCACCAUGACUCGGGAAUACCAGGAAGCGUCGAACGAAUUCCUCAAAGGCCAACGCGCCGAACCCCUCACCGGUGUCUCAUCCGAAGGCUACGAAGGCAAGGGCAUGGUACAGUCGCCGCCCAAGCACUAAAGCCCAUCCCCCUAAUAUCCUACGAAGCCUACUUAUAUCUCACUUCAUUUUCCCUUUGUCGUUAGAGAACCGCAGUGCAAGGCAUUAAACCCCCAUGUACAAAAACAACAAACCCAGACGAAAAAGCAAAACUUAGAGUGGAAUGGAGUAGUGGGCGGGAAGGAGAAAGGCGCGUUGGCUAUAUCAAUCCCAAAACGAUUCGAUGAUCAAGAGAUAACAGAAGAGCAUUUGCAAACCUGGGGACCCGGUCCAUAUAAGAAAAGCUCACGUAAUAUAAGCUGGGACGUUGCCCCGGGAGAAAGCAAAGCUUGGUCGGCCAGAUUCGCUCCUGGCGUUGUAAAUAUGUACAAGAGGAAACAAACCCCUUCUAUGCCGUUCUAAAAACUCUUGUUCGCAUUGAAUAGUUAUGUCUAGCAUCCAUUCUACAGCAUUCUCAAAUCAUCUAA